AUGGCGCAAAUAGGAGUAGCAUUUUCUGGUGGAGGAAUUCGGUCAGCAGCUUUCUGUUCAGGAGCCCUACGGAGACUUCUUCAAAAGAACGUUAAGAUAGACUUUCUGAGCUGCGUUUCUGGAGGCGGUUACACAGGAUCCGCUUACGUUGAUUGGAAAUAUAGACAUGAUAAAAAGGAUGACAAGAAAUGGCAUCAGGAUUUUUUCAACCACAUGAGGCAAGAAGCAGGGUUGAUCUGUCAUUGUCAAAGGCCAUGUAAAGCGGUCCUGGAGUUUAUGGCCUUAAUCGCUGUUCUAAUCUUUGUGUCUGUUAUUGUACCUGUGCUUCUCUCGGCUUCGAUAGCGUUUCCUUUGGCUUAUGUUAUAGACUUCCUAUUUGGCAGCAUUCUCAGAGGUGCUGAUCAGUCGUGUUCCCAACAAAUUCAAAACAACCCAAACAUAACCAUCAAACAGUGCAGGGAAGAGCAAAGGUCGCCAGACGCGAUUUUUGAUCGAUAUGUCUUGUUCAUGACACCCGUCUUGGUUGCCUUUCUUUCGCAUGUUCUUAGCGGUUGUAUUCCAAGGGCAAAAAAGCUUUUUCAAUUUUUUACUUAUUUUUGCGUCAUCUUCUUCGCACUUGUCUUUUUUCCUUGGUUCAUAAAUGAUUUUCUUCAUGUUCUUUCAAUUUGGAUGAAAAUCUUGGUUCUUGUUCCUCUGUUUUUCGUUUGGAUUUCUUUUCCCCUUAACCGCACAAUUGCCACACUUAUGAUUGGCAUAUACAUUAUUUCGUUUGUUGUUUUCUGGCGAGUCUACGAGGAGAGCGCUUUGGGUUUUGUAUUUGACGAGAAAGAGUUCGAUUUGCUGCUGGGAAUAUCAAUACUUUUGCAUUGGAUUGGUCCUCCGUUGGUUACCAUUCAACAACGCCUAGGACAUGUCUAUGUAAGGUACGAUUUUCAAAAGACACUAUUAACUUUUUCUAUAGGAACUGUUGAACCAGUCUAAGAACAAAUGUUAGAAAAAAUACUGCCUUUUUGUGGUGUUAUUGAGAAAGGCGAAGGGCAGGAUUGCAAAUUCUAAGUGUCCCGCGUUUGAUCAAGCCGUUAUGAGAUCUUUUAAACGGCAUUAACCAAUCAUUGAUGCAAUGUUGAGUUAGUCGCUAUGAAAUUGGAAAGAAUUACAGUAACCUCUCCCCAAUUGGUCGCCAGCUCUAUAUUACACGGACACCUUCCUAAAAUUACCACUUAAAAUUAUCCACUGCGAUUCUUCAGUCGUUUUGUUUGACUCUCCAUAAUGCAAACACCGAUAUUCAUCGAAGACGGACACUCCGGUCUCAACUAUCCAAAUUGCCAAAGCGCCCACAGUGAGUUGCCUUAGCACUUAAAAUUUUGUGUUAGCAUAGGGAGGGGGGGUUAUGAUUGGGUAACUGUUCAUCCUGGCGCGUAACCCGCCGAAAUUCACCUCGUAAGAGUGAAGAGCUAGUCCGUCACCUACGACCCCAUGCCGUGCUGUUAGUAGAAUCCAACUAUGAAAAAAAUAUAAAUUUUAGUGGAAUUUGUCUUUGCAAUUUUUUGUUUCUGUUACUGAAUCUUUAAGGGAGUUUUUAUUUAAUUUUCGCAAUUCACAUUCUCUUCAUGGCAGGUGGAUUAUCCAGAAGGCAUUUUUCUAUCCAAAGACUGUAGGAAAGUGUGGAUGCGAGGGAAUCAGCUGGCGAAACCUUUUCCUUUACUGUCCAACCUGCUACCAGCCAAAUGGUCAACUAGGAAACAUAAGGUCCAACCAAGCUUUGACGUUAGAUGAUUUAGAUGAGUUUACACCGACGUACAUAGGGUGCACUACGAGUAACCAGUGGAAACGAAGACCUUCUCCUAGAGAAGCUCACUACGAAGUCCUUACCAUGAGUUCGCAAAGUAUUGAGCGUCUUGACCGCCGUCAGAGCGAGGGGGAACUACAUGGAAAGCUGAUGCCUGUCGAUGUGCAUCUAUCUGAUGUGGUAGCUACAUCUGCGUCGGCGCUCAACUAUCACAUGGGAAGCGUGCAGGGAGAUGAGGAACCUUUCAAAGACUUAAAAGUACUCCUUGGGUUGUCAACUGGCUCAUCAAUCGUCUCUGAUGAAAGACACGAGAGAAAGAGGCCCUUCUGCGUUCAGGUAAGGAUUUUCAUUCAAUAGGAUAUAUACAUUGCAUUCUACUUUUUUUUUCAGCGCGGACAACAGUAGAUUACCAACCAGCAAAGUUGAUGCGGUGUGGGUACUAGGCCAAGGACGCGCGGGGGGGGGGGGGGGGAGUUUCUUGGAGAUUGGGGUCCCUUCAAAGUUAUGACUGCCAAUUACUUGGCGACGUUUCCCCCAUUUGUUUUCAGGAAACAUUCGUAACUCGUCGCAGCCUGUACGUCAACGUUGACGUUUCGCUUUCAACCCAGGUUUGACAGCCAGUUCGGCGAACUUUCUAUUUGUGUAUAGAUCAAUUAAAUCAGUACUUAACUCAGCAUUAUUUCAUCAAAAUUAUUAUAUUAGUCAGUGUGAUCCAGGCUCUAGGCUAAACGACAAAUGAAAUCAUCGAUCGCGAUGAAGGCGCAGCUAUUUUAUGAUUGCCACCGGACACGUUCCAAUCGUUUUAUAACUUAAUCAAAUUUAGAAAAGUAAUGGGUUAGCCGCAUAAAGGUUUGGCCAAUAAACUGAAAAAUAUGACUUCUUAAUGGCGCCACUUUAGGUCAUUAUGUUGAAAAAUGAUGUUAACUUUAUUCUGUGAAAAUUUGUUGGCCCUAUAAUUUGCGAAGAUGAGGGAAAGAUUGGGGAGGCUUCGAUUCGUUACUUCCCCGGACCCAGGAGCGCUAAAAGAGCCCAGUCUCGAUAGGUUUGAGACACACGUUUUUGUCUCUUAGACUCUCAGGUUAUUAUUAAUUAUUCGCCCGUCGCACCAAAAAGAUUAACUUAACGCGUAUAGAGCACAGUAAAAUUUUGGGCAACUCCUUACGAAAUGAAAGUGGCUUCGGUAAGUGCAUGCACCACAUUGACUUUGGGCCACUUGUGAACCCAACGAAAAUCAGGCUCAUUCAGAUCCUUAAUUCCAAGAUUCGUCUACCACAACAAUUUCAACAUGUAAGUACAUGAGUGAUAACAUGUUAUUUUCACAUGUGAAGAUAUCAAGUUUUCGCGCGAAAGCUCACUUGGUAUUUCAUUGGUGUUUAUAUAAUAAACGAUAAUAAUGACUCCUAGUUUAUCCAAGAAAACGUCCAGAAAAACUAGCUUUAGUAUAAUUAUGAUUAUCAAUUAACCCUUCACUGGGAAUCUUGCGCUCACUGAUGUUUUUUUCUUUCUUUUAGAUUAUGCCGUUCUUGAUGGAGAUGCUCCGUGGAGUUCCUUUGAUAGUUUUGUUUGCAGCUUAUCUCCGUACUCGCAAUGGAACGUACAUAUUAGCUGGAUUUCUCGUAAUAUUACUCUCUACGAUCGUUUUGUCAUUGAUAUCACUUGUACCCACAGGGAGUAAGCAUCGCGGAAGACUGGAGAGAAUCGCCAGGUAAGUAUGAUGCUUAAUUAUGAAGAAGAAACUUGUGUCAAAUAGAGUAUAAUCUACUGAGUAUAAACAAGCUGUUUACGUCGUUUAACUAUAGUCACUACAAUUUACAAGAUUUUCAUAUAGGUCCCCUGAGCGCCAAUAGCUUAGUUUACGUUUUGAGCGAGUGUCAGAACUCUGACAGAAUCAAAUAGCCCUGAAAAAUCAUCUCCUGUGUUUUUUUUUACAAUUCGAAUAAUGAACCAAAUAAAAGCAAAUCUAUAUUCAAAUGAACUAAUAGAUACCUAUACAACAUAACAGUUUUACAAUCAGUUAUUUAUUUUUUUUUUUUUCGAUGAUCAUCACUUGAUCUUUCUCCUUCCUGGGUACUAUGUUACGAAGCAAUUUAAUGACUUCGAAUUCAUGGCUUGCCACCAAGCGCUACACCGGUAUCGCAGAUGUCAAGGUUCCAGUCCCAGUUUUCAGGCUUUCUUUUUGCAACUGCUUUUUGAAUUAAGACACAUCUUUUCUGCAAUGAUCUCCGUUGCAUUUGUUAGAUGGUUUACUAUCAACAUCCCUGUUGUCACUUACGUGCGCAACGCGCUGCAAGUUACCAACCAAGGUCCCAAUCCUCCAGCGGUUCUAUAUAUCUGAGUGACGGAGGCCAUAUUGAAAACCUGGGAAUUCUGCCUUUGUUAAAGAAGAGGCUGCAGAAAAUUGUGUCCAUAGAUGGUGGACAGACCAUCCUGGACGAAGAUUAUGGAAGCAUUCUUUUGGAAGCUUUAAAUAUGGCCAGGAAGAAGUUGGACUGCUCAUUUUCAGGAAUGGAUGGACGAGAUAUUGCUGAAGAUAUUCGAGAGAAGUUUGUUGAGAGAAUGCCUGGAUCACAGCCAUCAAGUUACAGGUGUGUAUCAAAACUGUCGGAAAUGGGUAUGAAAAGAAUGUGAAAUGAAUGCUCGAACAACGAGCUCGCUAGCUGCACAUUUAAUGAUUUCCUACCCCAGUAAAAUGAGUUCCUUAAUUUUCUUUUCCUUACGCAAUAAUAAAUGAAAUAGUUUCUUGAAUUCUUUGGUACCUGCAUAGGUUUUCUUUGGGGUAGAAGCCCGGGGGGGUACUGCCAUAUAUGGGCUAUAUAGGUAUGUGCCGCUGUGAAGGGUAUGGUUUUCAAGCAGUUUACUCUAGGAUAGGGUAUAUAAAUCAGAGCGUUUGGGUCUAGAAUAGGGUAUCAUUUUUCAGGAAACUGAUCAGUUGGUUGAAGAUUUUGUCUAGACAAGGUAAACAGCUACUCUAGGAUAGGGGAAUUUGGGGAAUUUACUCUAGUAUAGGGUAGCAAAAUUCAGCUGAACUAGCUCUGGUAUAGGUUAAGGGUUCCAGGGUCCCAGCGGCACAUCCCCACCCAGAAAUUCCUAAAGUACCCCCCGGGGGUAGAAGUAAAACCCGGAAAGGGUUCGGUUGUAUAAAAAGAUCCCACUCGACAUGGAAUUGAUUAAAACGAAUAAAUAAUCUUACAUCAUACCUCGAACCGUAAGCUCAAUUUGGCUUCGAUAUUACGUUAUCUUGUACUGCACAAGAGACGUCACUUCCGCUUUUUUGUCUAAAACGUUAUGUGAAUAACGCAAGCUUUUAUUUGCUUGUAUCAAAUUCUUAAUACCCCUGCGUUUAACCACGAUCUCAACGGCAUAUUCCGUUCAACGUAUAAUUGAAUGAAGCCUGCUGUAAACAUUCCAUGCCAUGUCAUGCAAAAUGGAUAUGUUAAUCCAAUCUGAAAGGCUGUUUCCUAAAUAAAACGAAAGUUAAACCCAUACAAUAAGAUGGAAAAAACUGGCAUGGAAGCCAGUCCUGUCUGCAGAGUCAUCCAUUCCUCUGCGAGAGGAAUGCAGGUUUUCACACGUUAUAUAAUGCCCCUUGUUUGCAACUAACACCUCUUUGUAUCCCUAAAUUUGCCAGAUUCAAAGUGCAAUACUACCAAAAAAAUAAUGACAGUGAAGGGAAAACCAAGGUCGAGGAAGGUGAAAUUCUGUACAUUGCUCCCAGACAUCCUAGCAAAGCUGUGAAAACUAAAGAGUAUGUGACGUGGAAGGACGCACUGCAUGACAUAAGUGUUGAACUACCUGCAGAUCAGUGGGGAAACGGGCCCGAAUUAAAGGCCGAAGAAGCCAACCGAUUAACAUUUUGUUGCUGCGAAUGUUGCCAUGGAAAUGCAUAUUGUGGUUUCUCUGAAGCGAUGUGCGAGGCCUUUCCUCAGCAUUCAACAAAUAAUCAGUUUUUUACUCCAAGUAUGUUUUCAGCGUAUCACAGGGAAGGUUACCGUGCAAGUAUGGAAGCUAAAGUAGAGGAGUUUCUGAAUGAAGAAUCCAACUCUUCCCCCUCAGCUGCAUUCAUGGUCUAA